AUGGCUUCUUCAUCAAAUGAUGACUCUCCUCAUCAACUAUCCACGGAUGAAUGUUCGCGACCAAAAAAAAGAGGCCUCAGGAGAAUGCGUUCCCAUGAAUUUUUAGUAGAGACCGACGAAGAACAUCGAGCUAGAAGGUACCGAGAGUACAUAAAAUUUCAACUUGAGGACUUACAAAGUUAUAUUAAAUAUGGACUUAAUGGUUCUGAAAAAGAUGAUCAAGUGACUGAUACAGCCAGCAAAAUUGAAACUCUUGAGAUCACUGGUGGAGAUUCUCAGAAAAAACAACUUUAUAUUAUCCAUGAUGGUCUACAGUGUGGAUUAAAGCUCGAUAAACUUUUCUUCACCAAGGAAUCAAUCCUACAAGGUAUACCCGAAUUAGAAACUCUGUUAACCGCUGCUUACAUGGGUGAAUAUAAAGAUCAUGGACCAGUUUUGAUUAAAGUAACACCGAAUAUGAUGAAUAGAUUGUCAGAUGUUCAAACACCACCAGGAAUCAUUGGUCUAUUUGCUAAGCCAACAAGUAGUUCAGAAAGUUCUGCUACCCGAAAUUGUGGUAUUCCGGUUACUCUGAUUGGUGAUAAUAUUCGUGAUCCUGGUAACAUGGGAACUCUAAUCAGAUCUUCGGCUUCCAUUGGUGUGGAGAGAAUCAUUUGUACCAAAGGCUGUGCCAAUCCAUGGGAAUCUAAAGUUGUCCGAUCAGGAGCUGGAGCUCAUUUUCGUUGUAAUCUAAUUACCGAUUUCGAAUGGUCAACUUUACCCACUUUGUUACCACCCAAAGAUUCAACUUUAAUUUUCGCCGAGAAAACAAAAUCCCAAACAAAUGAACUUACCUCAUCUUCAACUCUUUCGAGUAGAAAUUAUUUUGAUCUUGAUUAUCCUCAAUUCAUUGAUUCGGAUAAAAAAUUGGCUCUUAUCAUUGGAGGGGAAACUGAAGGCAUUAGUGAUGAAGCUUUAGCUUUAACUAAUCUCUAUCAAAGAUCAUAUAAAGUUAAUAUUCCCAUUUUGAAGGGAAUUGAUAGUCUUAACUCAGCAAUUGCUGGAUCAAUUAUACUAUUUGAAAUUCAAAGACAAAUAAUUAAAGGAAUUGCAAAAUAA